AUGCCACGCUGUCGUAAAGAAAAAAAGAUUCCUUACAGGACUGAUGAUAUGGUACAAAACGUUAGAAGUUCUUUUAUUAGAGAAGGAGAAAAUAACUUGCGUAAUUACACGGAACCUGUUGACGAUCGCAUGAAAGAUGCGUAUGAUCGUAUGAAACCGUCAAAUAUGUACAACGACAUGUCAAAUAAAGCAAGGUCGUAUUCAAAAUGGAAUGAUUAUGAUCGCUCGCGUCCGAUCGAUUCGUACAGUAGAAAUAUUCGAGACGGAUUUGAGCCACGAAACGCCUCUCCAUACGCAAAGAAUUUAAUGGGUGAUUUACCAACAACAAGAACUAUUCGAGACGGAUUCGAACCACGAAACGCCUCUCCAUACGCAAAGAAUUUAAUGGGUGAUUUACCAACAACAAGAACUAUUCGAGACGGAUUCGAACCACGAAACGCCUCUCCAUACGCAAAGAAUUUAAUGGGUGAUUUACCAACAACAAGAACUAUUCGAGACGGAUUCGAACCACGAAACGCCUCUCCAUACUCAAGAAAUUUAAUGGGUGAUUUACCAGUACCUAGAAGCACUUAUACUGCACAUGAACCGCGCCGCUUAUCGCCAUAUGCCAGUCGUUCAAAUAAUUUAAUGGGAGAUUUGCCGGAGGUUCAACACAAUCGGGAAACUUAUGAACCUCACUAUAUUCCUGUGAAAUUAAAUCGUUCAAAUAAUUUAACGAAUAAUGUGUCAGAACCUAGAACUAUUCGAGACGGAUUCGAACCACGAAACGCCUCUCCAUACUCAAGAAAUUUAAUGGGUGAUUUACCAGUACCUAGUUCUGUUUCUAGUAAUGGAAACACAUAUUCGUACUCUAUUCCACAACGUCCCAAUUUGAAAAUAGUUCGCGAAAAGGAUACAUUUAACAGAUAUAUGGAUUAG